AUGGUGCUAGAGUUGCCUGAGGCAGAUGAUGAUGAUGAUGAUGAUCCUGAAUCACAAGAAGAAAAAAAGGAUGAACUGAGAGGCUAUUCAAAAAGAAAGAUAGUCUCCAACUGGAACCGUUAUGAAGGUGAAGGUGCUGAGAAAGAGGCACAAAGUGAAAGUGGAGAAUCUCAGAGGGGAACGGACUUCAGUGUUCUGCUUAGCUCAGCAGGAGAUUCUUUUACACAGUUCCGAUUUGCUGAAGAAAAAGAAUGGGGCACAGGAAGCGUAGGCCCUAAACAGCUAUCUGCGCUUUACGUGGAUUGCCAGUCAUUGGUCCAGGCCCUUCAGGAGCUUCCUCUGCAUCUCAGGUUGAAUGUGGCUGCUGAAAUGGUGCAGGCAUCAACACCCACAGAACUCCCUCAGAUAAAAUCUAAAAGUAUUGAAGACAGCAAGAGGAGAGUGACUCAGUUACAACAACCUUUGGGUCAAAGUGGAAUAGCAUCAAUCUGUGAUCCUGUUAGUGAUUCCGUUGUCCAUUUGAUGCCUUUAAGUAAAGAUGGACCUGAAACAAAUUCUUCAGAAUCCUUUCCGAGAGGCUGUUCUGUGUCACAGCAAGAGGCAGAUAAUUUGGAUGAAGAAUUAGAUUUACUGCUAAAUUUAGAUGCUCCUGUUCAUGUAGAAAACAACUUUCUGUCAGAAACCUACAACACGACAGCUGAGAGCGAUUUGAAAAUGAAAAAUGUUCCACUAGAGUUGGAUGUGACUGAAGAAACGAGUUCAGCAUCUGAAGAGCAGAAAACUACAGCUAAAAACAUUACUGAGGAAGAGCUUGAAGAUUGGUUGGACAGUAUGAUAUCCUAAAGCCCACAUUUCAUUGUCAUGCAAGUAAUUGAAAAAUAAAUGAACAUGGCAGAAGUUAAGUACAAAAUAUCAGUCUACAAGAAUUCACUGAACUAGCUGCUUUAUCUGAAUGAUUUAAUAGACUGCAGGCUGCCUACUUGUAUUUCAGCCAGUAUUUGAAAUAACACAUUUGGAUAAAUUCUAAAUGACUGUUAUUAUCCAAGAGUUCUUUAAACAAAAAGGUCUAAAGUUACAGUUGAGUUCAUUAAGAAGGAUCUUGUAAUGAAAUUUGGAUUUUUUCAAAAACCUGUGCUUAUGAUGUAAGCUGCAAAAUAAUACACA